AUGAGCCGUACAGCCAUAAGGCACGAGCAAUUCAAAAAAGGCGAUUUCGUAUUCGCCAAAUUGAAAGGAUACCGCCCGUGGCCGGCCCGUGUUCUACAGGCAGGCGAUCGAAAGUACAAUGUAUUUUUCUACGGAACUUGCGAUACGGCCGAGGUGGGACCCAAGCAGCUUUACACGUACAUAACAUGCAUAAGGCGUUUGGGUAAUUUGCAGAAGCUGCGACAAAAUGAAUUUAAACGCGCCCUCUUGCAUGCCGAGCAGGCAGUCGCAAAUCCUGCCGAAGAUCAGGCCUAUCAUCAGAAGUUGGCCGUACUCGAAAACAAUUUCGUAGAUGCCAUUGAUGUGGUACUAUGCGACGAAUCCUAUCUAGAUGAUAAUAUCAAUAACUGUGUUUUAGUCGACGAUGACGAUGAUGAUGCGAAAACUUCCAGACGUAUCUGCUAA